GGGUUGCGCUACAGUUCAAGAGGCGCCAACGGUUGAGCUAAAGGAAAAUGGCGUCCCUGGUGUUUUGGUAAAGUUGUCUGGACUAUUUAAACCAUUUUAAUGACUUGUGGGUUUUCGUUUUUAAUCAGAUAUAAUUUUAUUUUUCUCGUUGUUGAGUGUUAACUUUCUCAAGCGGGUUUUUAUAAACGUUCUUCAACUUUAAAAAUAUAUCUAGCUAGCGUAACUCUUGCUGGCUAAACUUGGUUAGCUUGUGAAACAUGCAGUAAAUUAGCAUGAACGGCGCCUGUCGCCACACAUUCAGUUCUAAUAAUGACCACGAAAGCGCAGUUUUGUUCACAUUUGACCACCACCAGCCCGUCUCUAUGGCAUAUCGUUUAAGGGCUCUGGAGCCGUUUACCUUUCGCUAGACUCGUAAUGGCUUCACACAACAUUGUUUUUCUGAUUGACGUGGACUUGGAAGACCACGAGUCAGACCGUCAAGUGAAUGUCAAGAUCGAUUUCAUAAAACGAGGAAUACUGCAGGUUUUGUUGCAUUUUGGAUACAAACUCGGGUUGGAGAAGUUGCGUUGGGGAUACAAGUUCUUUCAAUCCAAGACGAGGCGUCCUUCCAACACGUUAUCGAGGGCUUCGGAUUUUAAAGAGCUUCGCCAAAAAACCUUUGAGGACUUUGAGCAAGAGUUCGAAACGAGGUUCGACUUGAGGGAUAAAUUGUGUUCAAGCCGUCAGAAGCAGCAACCCUGUCAGUUGGUCCAAAACGCUGUGAGAGAAACGCUCCUGGACUUCCAGUGGGACAGACCGGACAUCACUUCUCCAACCAAACCGUCCCUGAGGCCCAGGAAGUCGGGUCGUGCUGGGAAGCCCAGCCUGCCACACGAAGAUGACGUUUCAAACAGCGGGAAAAAUGUUGUUUUUGUCGUCUCACAAUGCCCAACAUCCAGGGCUCAGUUUUUGGAUUAUUUGUCUUGUAAAGACGACGAGCUGUCAUCAAACCCCGCAGAGUUCAUCAUCUCUAAAAACCUUAAAGACAUGUUGCUCCAGCAGCAAGUUCUUCUUCACUGGAUUGACACCAGAUCCUAUAAUCAGGUUGUAAGAAGUGAGGACCACCUUGGCUCUGAUGAAGUAUCUGCGGUCCUCGCUCAGGUGGCUGGCAGAGUAAUCCCUCUCGUUGCUCUUUUGGAUCUCUGCUGUCAACAGAAGUCAGACUCCAGACUUGUAAAGGAUGGCUUUGGACUGAAGUCCAGUAUUGGAUACCUGCUGUCUUCUGAAAGCCUCUUCCAGCAAGCUCGUCCUUCCACAAGAGGUGUCCUACGAUGGGAUCGAGGGAACACAGUGCAGAGUUGUGGAGUUACAGUGGAGCCAGUGCUAUGCAGGCAGAGGAUUCCCCAGGAGCCUGUUGAUGUGUGCGUCAAAGGAGUGGUGCCUUACUGCGACGCCUCGUCAUUCACACAGAUCUCCACAGAGUCAUGGGUCCUUAAGGAACACUGCAGCGAGGAACAGGAAGCUGCUGCCCUGCAGCAUCUUCUGAGGGAACUGUCUUCUCUUGGUUCCAACAUGCUUGCUGAGGUGAAUGUCAGUGGACUGGAGUGUUCGGCUGUCCUGUCUCCACUGUCACACUCCACAGCUCUGCUCACUGUCCUUCAGCCUGAAAUCCCUCAGCACCAUCAGCUCCUGAAGACUCCUGCUGGAGCAGCUCAAACCUCCACGGAGCUGCCAGCUGUAGUGAGCAGUGUUCUGGGAGUCGUUUAUGACAUCAUGAACAAGGAGGAAGAGACUGUCAAUGAUAAAAUGCAAGAUCAGCCAGUCCCUGAGUGGGCUCAGCAAGAAUUCAGCCACCCAGUGACGACGAGCUUGUUGGAGGCCUGGUUCCCUCACUCAGACAUGUCUGGAGUCAGCUCUCAUUUAAUGGAGUCUUUCAGGUUGCUGAGUGCCGUGCCAGAGCAGAGUGAAGAAGAAGAGCUUCAACAAGAGCUGAUCGGUGGUCUUUCUGAACUGUAUCAAGCAUCUGUUGACCACGUAAAUAAGAGAGGGAGGAAACGUGGCGCCCACUGCACACCGGUGAAGCAGAGGAUGAAGACGAUGAGCCGUUCUUUGCAGAUGCUGAAUGUGGCUCGUCUGAAUGUAAAAGCCCUGAAGAACCAGGCAGAGGAGGAGCAGACCACCACUGAGAGCAGAACCGCAGACAAACCGGGAAAGAGACGGAUGAGCACUCGAGGAAGAUCUGCAGGGCAGAGUUCUGUCACUUUCACUAGUGAGGCCGAGCUGCUGACCCACCUGAAGGCCAGUUAUGACCGGGGCGUGGCAGAGAAAGACUCGUCUGUGCUGGAAGUCCUUCAACAGCUGGUGACUGCUGUGAAAGCUUUUCUAGGGGCAAAGUCAAACUGUCAGGGACAGGUCUCCGUGUUUGUUCAGAAGCAUCUCCUAAAAACAAGCAAAUCAAUCAGACAGCUUUAUGGAGCCGGUGCUGACACUGACAGCAAAGUCAGAGAGUGCCAACUUCAAGUGAUGCUGAGGCUGGAGCUGUGCAGUCUUUUGGCUUCAGAGCCGUCUGACUCACUGGAUGCUGAUACGAUGACGGAGGAGGCUGCAGAGAUGCUUAGGAUUAUCUCUCUUACUAAAGAUCCAGUUUUCCUAUCAAGAUUUCUACUAGAUGAAGUCAUUCCUGGGUUUUUGAAUUCAGUUCCCAGAGAUCUUGCAAACAUCUACCACAACUUGGGAACUCAGUUGCCUGAAGUUUUGGUGGCUGUUUUGCCGGCUGACUUCUUCAGCGAUGAAUCCAUCAACAAGGACAGCAUCUCUCCCUCCGUCUCCUCAUCUGCCACGUCAGCCUCCAACUUGGUGUCUAACGGCAACGCCGGUCUGCAGGACCUGAGAAGUCGCACAGCAAAUAGGAAAAGGAGCGGGAUGUUGACUCGUCAUCGCAGUACGACUGAAUCAUCACAGAGUUUUCGCCAAGUUGAGAUUCCCAAGAAGGCUUUAAAAGCACCCAAAACAGGCAGUGUUGCUUCAGACAAACCUGCAGUGGACCUCCAGCCUCAGAAACAAGAAGCAAAAGAAGUGACCAAAGUUCGAAGAAAUCUUUUCAACCAAGAAGUUGUUCCUCAGCCAAAAAAGUCCAAACUGUCCCGGAGCCAGUCUGUGUCUGCUGUGGAAGGACUGAAGCGCAAGCGGCCCGAUGAGACUGAAGAGAGACACAAACUUCUUACAAAGAAAGUUUGUGACACCCCCGUCCACAAGCAGGUGUCAAGUCGACUUCUUCAUCGACAAAAAAUAGGAAGGAGAUCUGACUUCUCUGAAGAUUUUAUCGUGGAAGAAUCUCCUGUAAAACCAGCAGAAGAGCUCAGAAGGAGUCCAAGGAUCCAGAAGUUUUCCAGAAGACACUCCAACACCUUCUACUCGUGUUCUCAGUCUCGCUCUCGUAACCUGGACAGAGCUCUUUCAUCGUCGCAGCUGUUUCUGACUGAUGUCAAAGCCUGUGAGGUUAAUGUGAAAACAGUCAAGUCUCCUCUGCGACUUCUCUUUGGAGCUGCUGAAUCUCCGGGCCAUGAUCAGCCUGCAGGAACCAAAACCAGCAGAACUCGACUUCCCACAGACUCCAGUGUUUUUGAGAGUCCAAACAAAACUCCUACCAAGUCACCGAGAUGUGGAGCUGCUGUUAUUGAUGGUUAUGUUCUCGGUACUCCUUGUACUCCAAAAACACCCGAAAGUAAACCUUCAACCAGGACACAAACAUCCUCAGGCGCAGAGUCUCCAGCUGAAGGCAGCUCUGGACUGGCUAUGACUUUGAGGAGCAGUCCUUUCAGAUCUCCAGCUAAAACACCUCUAGAUCUAGAGAUGCUCUCCAAGCAGAGCCCCAUGAAAAGCCCUUUGAAAGGGAUCCUCAAGACUCCAGUCAAAACGAACACAGACCACCCCUCUGGAAUGGGUCUGCGCAGCCAUCAGGCUUUCAGGACUCCUAAGAAAAGCGUCACCUGGUCUCCUUCUCCUCAAAAACUGAAAAAAGUUGAAAAUGUUUCGUCCUUUAAAGUCCCAGAGUCGCCUAAAACUGCAUCUCACAGUUGUUCAGGGAUUCUGAAAACACCCAGCAAGCUCAGCAGUCCUGUCCUGAGCCUAACAAGAGCCAUUUUCACAACACCAACCAAAAUCUGUCAGGUUAAACUAGUGAGGAUGCCUGACCGUGCUGUCCUGACCCCAGAGAAAACUUCAACACUAUCUACAAAACUUGACAGGACCAAAACACCCGAGAAAGACGAGCAUUUUAGUCCUCCAGAAAUGUCAAAGACGGCCAGUCCUGGACAGCAGAGGAUGACUAGAUCAGGUCAAACUCUUUCUCCAUCACAAAAGGAUUCUGCUUCGUCUGAGGGUUCACCUUCUUCACUCACAUGUACCUCAAAGGGGUUGAAGAAAAUAGAAUGUAAAAGAAAACCGACGCACAGUUCAAAGCUACAACCUGUUGAGAACUUGGUUUUGGAGAACAUCAACUUGAGUUCACAAGAAGAGACCUCUUAUUCGUCUAGUUUCCACACAGACUCGCAGGAAGACGGUUCUUCUCAAGGGAACUCUGCAACAACUGACAGUGAUAGUCUGGAUAUUGUUGAUGCUGCAGUUGUAAAGUCUCAAUUCAGCGGAGGGCUCAAGAUGAACAUUAGCUUUUCGAGAAAGUCUUCUGCGUCUGGAGGAAAACUAGAAUCCCCCAAACAUGUUGGAACAGCCAGCAGAGGCUAUGGCUUCAGACAGACUCCAGACCGCCAGCAGAGAGAGGCCGCUGCUCGUUUAGGCUACAGCAAUGAGUUCCCUCGAUUCUCAACCCCUAGAGGUUCCAAAAGACUCGCUCAGCCAAAGGAGAGUCCUCUAACCUAUCAAGUAGAGCUGGAAAUGCAAACAUCAGGCCUUCCCAAACUCAAAAUCAAGCGCACAGACUUUCCCUCAGAUAGAAGUCCACCUGUAGGAGCUUCAAAACCUUACUUUGAGAGCCCCCUGGCUCUGUUACCCAAACACAAAGAUGCUGGUUGUGUCUCGCCGUCGCUCUGCGCUCACGCCACACCAGCCAAGAGCACGCCUCUAAAGGGCGUUGGCGUGCAGACGUUCAUCUGCCAGUCUUACACCCCAACCCGCCUCCCCGCUGCAGCAGCGUCCCCAAAAGCCGUGGCAGACGUCAUUCCCCUCACUCCUUCCCCCCAGUGUGUGGGGAGAGUCCCUCCCGACAAUCUGAACAGCUGGCCGCGCAGAAAGAGACCCAACAUCGAAACCAAAGAGCGGCAGCUGAAGGCCGACCCUCAGCUGGACGAGCUGCUGGAAGAGGCGGAGCUUGGCGUUGGCAGAUUGCAGGACAUGGAGGACACUGAUGAACCUCCUGACAGUAAUGCAGAGGAAACGGCAUUCAACUCCAAACCAAUGGUUCCCUGUGGAGCUGCUCUGUCACCAAAGGAGGAUUUGUACUGGACAGAAAAACUGACAGAGCAGAACAACCCUCAGGGGACGGACUCUGACGUUUUCUGGUUCCACGAAAAUGGAGAUUUCACACCAACUGUAGAGACUCCUCCCAGUUCAAAGAAGAUCAAGCCGGUGACAGCCAGCGGCAUUUUGGCCCUCACUCAGUCCCCGCUGUUGUUCAAGAGCAGAGCAGCCUCCACUCAUCUGAGGAGAUCCAACUCUAAACAAGAAGAGGACGCUGAAGCUGAUGGAGUGGACUUCUCUGGCUCCAGUCCGCCAGUCAGACACUCAAGAGCAGGAAAGACCUACAGUAGAAAGAGACUCAUUCAUUGAGCCUCCCAAACAAGAAAAAACAUCAAACAAGGAAGAGGCAGAGCGAAUAGACACGAGUCCAUUCUUCAUCGUACUGUGAAGUUUGGAGCCGUUUGACGGGAUUUCUGAAAGAGGUUCUACCAGCAUCACUUCAGAGGGUUUUGGAAUCUUGUUCUCAAUCUGCUUUACUAACAUUUUCUGUUCUGACAGUGAUUUUUUUCUUUUAGUUUCCACAUAAUUGGAUUAUUUGUUUUUAAAGUUUGUUCCCAAACAACCUUUCUUAUUUCAUAUUUAAUUAUUUCAUUUAUUUAUUUCAGUUGUCUCUUAUGAAUUUUAAAAUAAUGGUUUAAAUCGUUCUAAGCUUUUUCUGUUGUUUCUUUCAAAAAGUAUAAAAUCAAUCAAAUGUUGUAAAUGUGUAUUUUUAUGGUUCUAAAGAUGUUAUUCAAUAUUAUGUAAAUAAACAUUCAUUUCUUA